AUGAACUUAAACUGAUUUUAUUACUUUUUAGAGUUAUUACAUAAAAUAAAAAUUUACCGAUAUUGUAAAAAAGACGAAGAAAUACACUUUGAAUAUGAGUCAGGCGGGUGGAGCUUCAUUGAUAAACAUCAAUGUACAGGGUGGUAUUGCCACUGGGAGUUCAAAAAUUACAAAUCCUCGCCGUCGGUAUGGUUCUACAUCUGCAACCAAAACGAACCAAAAAAGGGCCACGACAAAUACAGCCAAAAAAAGAAAAGCGAAUCGAACGGCCUCUACUACAUCUGCUAAACAGAGCAAAGUAAAAACAGCCAAAUCUAGGCCAGCCAAGACCAAACAAAACAGUGCUAAAAUAGGACAGACUAGCACUUCCACUAAGGAGUCUGCCAAACGUAAGCCGGCAAAGGCUAAAAAAGAUCACGCAAAGAAGAAGGCAACGAAAGGCGGCCGCAAAAAGAGAAGCAAGAAACAGACAGUUCCAGAUGGCUGUUCAGUAGCUUAAGUGUCCCCUUUUUACAAAUUUCUGAGCUUGGGCUGAUUUGUGCAUUAUAAUGGUUCCUACCAUCUCUUUUUCCUUCCUGUUAACUUUGAUUUCAAUUAUUUACCCUAUUUUAGUUUUUACAGACCGAUUAUGCAAUUUGCUUUCCAUUAUUUUUUUUCAAUGUAUGCAAUCGAUGAAAAUAACUAUGCACUUUUAGCUCUAUUAUUAUAUUGUUGUAAUUUUUGUUUUUCAUUUAUAAGUUUAUUUCGACUUCAUAAUCAGCGU